AGGCCAGGUUACUGGAGCUGAAGCUGCAAGAGGGUCACUCUGACUGUGAGGGUCAGGGGGAGAGUGUACAUCAGCUCUGUGAGGAACACGGGGAGAAGCUGAUCCUGUUCUGUGAGGAGGAUGAGAUUCUGGUCUGUGCCAGUUGUGUGGAUGCCCCCCUCCAUUCAGAUCACAGGUUCCUGCCACUCCAGCAGGCAGUUCAAAAGUACAAGGACCUGCUGAAAAUAGCCUUGGAAUCUGUGGAGAAGGAAAAGAAAGGAAAGAAUGGAUUAAAACAGCAACAGGAGAGGACAAUUUCGGAACUGGAUGUGAGUACAAUUGUCAUAAUUCUGUGAUCCAAGCCAACACUGUCUCAAUGAUCUUUCUCACUGUCUUAGGAACUCACUCAAUCCUUGGAGCAUGGCAUCUCUGUACAGUUUUCCAAAAUCCAUCAAUUUAUUGAAAACAAGGAACAACAUUUAAUUGAACAGCUGAGGAGACAAAAGAAGGAGGACCUGCAACGAAUGGAGAGAAAUAUGAAAAGAUUUGAUGAGGAUCUAGCGUCACUUGAGAAGAAGAUUUCAAACAUCAGCGCAGCCACAAAACACCAAGGCAAUCUCUCUUUUCUCAAGGAAGUGAAGAGAUUGAGAGAAAAAUACUUGGUCAAAGAGGACAAAGUGAAAAGUGCCCAGAGGCAUGAAGGUGAAGAAGAAGGCAGUGAGGUCCAGGAUUGCAAGGGAGAUGAACCAGAAGAGAGCCUUGCGUUUUCGAGAAGGAAAUACAAAGGAUUCCGAGGCCCGUUACUCUACACAGUGUGGAAGCAAAUGAGACAGGUCAUCUCUCCGGUUCCGGCCUCGCUGACUCUAAACCCAAACACAGCACAUCCGGAGCUCACCCUCUCGGAAGAUCUCACCAGUGUGUGGUUUGGCGGCAGUGGGUUAAUCUUUUUUGAUUUUCAGGAGAGAUUUGACAGAGCUCCAUGUGUCCUGGGGGCACAGGGAUUCACAUCAGGGGAACACUACUGGGAGGUGGAGGUAGGGGAGAAGGCUGACUGGGGAGUGGGUGUGACUACAGAGUCUGCAAAUAGGAAGGGACGGCUUACACUUCGUCCUGAAGGUGGUUACUGGGUUCUGUGGCUGACAAAUGGGAAUCAAUAUGAAGUCACAGAAAGCUCACGAAUCCCCCUGACUCUGAGAGUGAAGCCCAGCACCGUCGGAGUUUACCUGGAUUAUGAGGGAGGACAGGUGACCUUUUACAAUGCUGAUAGUAUGUCCAUUCUCUACACAUUCAUUGACACAUUCACCGAAAAACUCUUUCCCUUUUUCUAUCCUGGAUCAAACAACAAGGAUAACAAUUGUGCACCACUUAAACUGGCUAAGUUUUGGACCAUACAUUCCUAAAUGGAAGUAUCAGAAUACAGAGAGAGAAUCUCCACUGGUGGGGGGGAUAUUGCCUGUCCGACAAAGUAACUGUCAGAUUUUUAAACAAUUCAUUCCCAGGAUGAGGGUGAUGCUGGUGAGGCCAGGAUAUAUUGCCCAUCUCUAAUUGCCCAGAGGGCAGUUAAGAAGCGAUCACAGUGCUGUGGGCCUGGAGUCACAUGUAAGGCAGCUUCCUUUCCCAAGGGAAUUUAAUGAACCCGAUGGGUUUUUCCAACAAUCGACAAUCGCCUUAUUUCCAGAUUUUCCCUUGAUAUAUUGAGUUUAAGUUCUGCCAUCUGAGGAUUCAAACCCGGGUGCCCAGAACAUGACUUGGCCCUUGAGUUAGAGGUCCACCAAUAACACCACUCGGCCGUCGCCUUCCCUUUGGGGUGGGAAACAGCUUCGAGAAAGGGCCCUGGCAGCCUUUGAUGUGGGUAAGGGUGUCGGCUGAUGAAUAGCGCGUAUUCCUUGCUCUGAGCUCAUGGGCUGUGGUCAUUGACCGGGAGAUGUGUUCCCCCCGUGCAAGAUGAAGACGUCCCUCAGUGUGACUUCCUGGCCCCUUGCAACAGCUGUCAAACCUAGAAGCCUCUGGUCCGUCCUCUGCUCUGGAGCCCGUGUUACAAAUUCCAGCGGGGAAGCUCGCUGUCAGAAAUCUGGAAUAAGGGCCCUUGGUUAGCGACUGUAAUAUGAUUAAAACCCCUGGAAUCUUUCCUGUAACUCUUGUGUCUCCUUGGCCUCACUUGACUGAUCCAUGUUUACUCGAGAAAUUACUACUUUCACUCAUUCCUCAGACAUU